CCACCUCAACUUUUUUUCUCCUCCCUCAGGUUGAAUUCUCGCUCACCGUCGCAACAGAAACAAAGAGAGGAAACACGUACGAGCCACCAUUAAAAAAACUAAAAGAAACGGCCAUGAAGUUGUCUAUGAUUCGUAGUGCUUGCGGCAGCCUUCGGAUCCCUCCAGCCCGUCCGGGAAGCAGGGUCAGCGGCUUGUCGCGGAGAUGCCCAUCGGUUGGUCCCGCCAACGGUCGGUUGAUCAUCCGUACAGCAAGCGCUACUACCAGUGGCGGAACCAACCCGAAAUUAGCCGUUAACUUUGGGAAACAGUCGAAAAAAGAUGAUGGUCUUGAAUGCGACACCUCUUUAAGGGAAGUUGUUCAGAGCACCAAGGAGGCAAUGGUGGCCCUGCAGAGAAGAAACCCAGCAAUCCAGCCUUUGUUAGCCAUUAUACAGGCAGGUGAAGAUGACAGCUUGUUGGAGAUCAAUAAGAAAAUGGCAGGAAGGAUUGGCUUAAACAUCACUCAGAUUUGUUUGGCGAAGGAGUGCAGUGAAGAUGAAAUUGUAGAGGAGGUGUUGAAGCUGAAUGAAGACCCCAGGGUGCACGGAGUCUACCUCCACCUCCCUGCUGCUUCUCUCACCAGUCGAGUAUUGAACACUCUCAAACCUGAGAAGGAUGUAGAUGGGAUAUCCGAUUUGAAUAUUGGCCGUCUGGUACGAGGAGACCUGAGCAGAGGCUUUGUGCCACCCUCAGCCAGCGCUGUCCUGGAUCUGCUGGAGAAACAUGAUGCUUCUUUGGAAGGGAAAACUGUGUUGCUGGUUGGAGGAGAGGGACCCCUUGGUGUGGCCCUGCAGUGCCUGAUUGAAAGAAGUGGAAUGGUUGCUCUCAAGAGUCAUUGGACCUCCAGCAGCCUACAGACACAGGUGAUGCAGGCUGAUGCCGUGGUCCUGUUAGGGGCAGGGAACACAGAUGUCCCACCCACCUGGGUUAGACCAGGAGCUGCUGUCAUCCGCUGUGAGCCCACCCUCGAGACAGAUGAAUGUGUCGAGAUGUCCUCAAAGUCUGGGUUAGGAUACCUCACAGCAGCCUACAGAACACAGAAUGUGGUGCGUAGCUGCAGUCGGUGGCUCCAAGAGCAGCAAUACCAACCCUGGCAUCUGCGCAGCCUCAAACUGCAGCCCCUGACCCCUGUGCCAAGUGACAUAGAGAUUUCCAGAGCUCAGACUCCCAAACCAGUGGACCAGCUGGCUGAGGAGAUUGGUUUGCUGCCAGAAGAGCUUGAAGCCUAUGGCAGGAGCAAAGCUAAGGUCCGACUCUCCCUGUUAGACCGCCUCCACACACAGCCUGAUGGGAAAUAUGUACUGGUUGCUGGCAUAACUCCCACCCCACUGGGCGAAGGUAAAAGCACGGUGACCAUCGGCCUAGUCCAGGCCCUGUCCGCCCACCUUAAGCUUAACUCCUUCGCCUGUCUGCGACAGCCUUCCCAGGGACCCACCUUUGGGGUUAAAGGGGGAGCUGCAGGAGGGGGAUAUGCACAGGUCAUCCCUAUGGAGGAGUUCAACCUCCAUCUGACUGGUGACAUUCAUGCCAUCACGGCAGCCAAUAACCUGGUGGCAGCAGCUAUCGAUGCCAGGAUGCUCCAUGAGGCGACUCAAUCCGACAAGGCCCUGUUCAAUAGACUGGUCCCUUCAGUGAAUGGAGUCAGAAGAUUUUCCCCCAUCCAAAUCUCCAGGCUACAUCGUCUAGGGAUCAAUAAAACAGACCCAGCAGCCCUCACAGCCCAGGAAGUCAGCACCUUUGUCCGUCUUGACCUUGACCCUUCCAAGAUUACCUGGCAGAGAGUUCUCGACACAAAUGACCGUUUCUUGAGGAAGAUCACAGUUGGACAGGCAAGCACCGAAAAAGGACAGAUUAGAGAGACUGGGUUCGACAUCACAGUGGCCAGCGAGAUCAUGGCCAUCCUGGCUCUGGCAGACAGCCUGGAGGACAUGAAAAACAGACUGGCGCGCAUGGUGGUGGGGACCAGCCGCUCUGGACAGCCUGUCACCGCAGAGGACCUGGGUGUGAGUGGAGCGCUGGCGGUGUUAAUGAAAGAUGCCAUCAAGCCCACGUUGAUGCAGACCCUCGAGGGUACGCCAGUGUUUGUCCAUGCUGGGCCCUUUGCCAACAUCGCCCAUGGCAACUCCUCGGUGCUGGCAGACAAGCUGGCUUUGAAGUUGGUUGGACGGGAUGGCUUUGUGGUGACAGAAGCUGGUUUUGGAGCAGACAUCGGGAUGGAGAAGUUCUUCAACAUUAAAUGUCGGGCUUCAGGGCUGCAACCAAAUGUGGUGGUGCUGGUUGCGACUGUCCGAGCGUUAAAGAUGCAUGGGGGUGGCCCAAAUGUGUCAGCAGGUGCACCUCUUCCCAGAGAGUACAUUGAUGAGAAUCUGAGCCUAGUUGCAGGUGGUUGUCGUAGCAAUCUGAGGAAGCAGAUCCAAAUAGCACACCUGUUUGGGGUUCCGGUUGUGGUGGCGCUCAAUGUCUUCAAGACAGACACCCAGGCAGAGAUUGACCUUGUGUGUAAGCUAGCAAAAGAGUGUGGAGCAUCUGACGCUGUGCCAUGUCACCACUGGGCGCAAGGGGGGCGAGGUUCCCUAGAGCUGGCCCAGGCUGUGAAUGAGGCUGCCAGCAGACCCAGCAACUUCCAGUUCCUGUACAACGUAGAGAUGCCGAUUGUGGAGAAGAUCAGAACAAUCGCCCAGAAAGUGUAUGGAGCUGAUAACAUUGAGCUUUCUCCAGAGGCCAAGGCCAAGAUAGAUUACUACAAUCAACAGGGUUUCAGUUCAUUGCCCAUCUGCAUGGCCAAGACUCAUCUGUCCCUGUCGCACAUGCCUGACAAGAAGGGCGCACCCACUGGGUUCGUUUUGCCAAUCAGAGAUGUUCGUGCUAGCAUCGGGGCUGGCUUCAUCUACCCACUAGUGGGAACGAUGAGCACCAUGCCUGGCCUGCCAACCCGACCCUGUUUCUACGACAUUGACCUUGACCCGGUCACAGAGGAGAUCACUGGGCUCUUCUGAGCAUGCUCCAAUUGAAAGACAUCAAAAAGGAUCCCUUAGCUCCACGCGUCCACCAUCAGACCCAUCCAUCUCCUCCACAGGAAAUGCUUUCUUUCUCCGCACAGCAGCCUAAACUCUCCCCACAUCACAGUAACAUGUUCACAGAGAAUUAGCUUUAUGCUGUAUUUGCACAUCUGUGUGAUUUGCCAAAGAUGACAUCUUACAUCCAUAUCAUGUAUACCGAAUCUGCUGUAUCUGUGUGUUUUUGUGUAUGGAAGAGUCAAUCUUCAGCCAUCUUUAAUUUUACUUUAAUGUUGUUUUCAUAGAAUUCUAAUUCCCUUUAUUUCUGUGUGCGUGUGGGAAAAAAAGUAAAUCAAAUGUCUUAUAAUGGGGCUAAGUUUUUUUUAUACAUGUCUUAAGCUUUUAAACUGAAAUGGGUGCAGCUUGUGUAUUUAUUAACUAAAUUGCUGUUGUACGCACAAAAACACAUUGUGGUGUUUAUGUAACCUCCGGUCUCCUGACCUGGUGGAUGCUGCUGAAUGUCAAGCCGCCGUACUGCCUGAGUGAAAAUCACUACAAGUUACAUAAGAUAGAAUCAUCAGCUCAAAGCCGUUUCUGAGACGGUGUUCAAGUAUUACACUAGUAUAACAUGAGAAAGGUUAAAAUGAAUUGUGGUUUUACCACAGGUGUUGAGCCCUCCAGAUCCUGAUGCAUGUUAUUGUCAGUUUAGUUACUUUAAAGGUCUAAACAAUAGCUCAUUGAAUAAAUGGCAUUUGCUGAAGGGUACUGCUUUUUUUCAUUAACGUUUACAAUUAUUUUAGGAUGUUAUAGAGGUGGUCUUAAUUUCAGGCGAGGUGUCCCACCUCCACUAUAGAACCACAUAUCUCUGUGCUUUUAUCUGCUUACAAUGUCAGCUGGUGUGUCUUAAUUACUGUGAAAUCCCAGGUGUAACUCAAGCUAUUGUUAACUGAUAACUGUACAAAGUCUCCACGUUAUACAACCAGUGUGGAAGUAACACAAAUUUGCUCUGAAAAAAAAAAGUGUCGUUCUCAUUGACAACAGCCUUUUUGAAUAAACCUUUUAUUUACUCCAAAACUGUGUGUUUGUGUUUUCACACCCA